AAGAAAAAAAAAUUAUAAACACAAAUCCAAUUCUAUCACAGUUUUUUUUUAGUAUUCUUUCGAAUAUUUUUAAGCGUUUUACAAUAUUCUUCUUGAUUAAAGUUUAUGUAUAACUUCGUUAUUAAAGUUUAUGUAUAACUUCAUUAUUAGAUGCAAUGAAUCCUUUGACUAACGUCAAAAAUAUAAAGAAGCUCAACGAACAAGAAUUACAAGGGAGGAACAAAUCAUCUUGGCACGAUCAGUAUAAAGAUAGUGCUUGGAUUUUUGUCGGUGGCCUUCCAUAUAAUUUAACGGAAGGUGAUGUUAUUGCCAUUUUUUCUCAAUAUGGGGAAGUAGUUAAUAUAAAUUUAAUCAGAGAUAAAGAUACUGGAAAGCAAAAGGGUUAUGGUUUCUUAUGUUAUGAAGAUCAGAGGAGCACUAUAUUAGCGGUCGACAAUUUCAAUGGCAUAAAGAUAUUAGGUAGAGUAAUACGAGUAGAUCACGUUUCUAAUUACAAAGCACCUAAAGAUUCAAAAAAUAUAGACGAAGAAACGAGAAAUUUACGGAAAGAAGGUUGUGCUCCAAAGAAAGGCUGAAGAUGUAUAUACAACAUAUCAAUAAUUCCAGAAAUAUUUUGUUUUAAUUGUAGUAUUAUGAACAGUUUUACAUUUAGACUUAAUGGAAUAUAUUAUUGACUACAAAAGUUA